AUGGCUAUGGAAGCGGAGAGCCAAAAGAGCAGGGGCAGUUCCUCCCCAAGUGAUGUGCUACUUCCAGAUGAUUAUGCUGACAGCCUGACAGACCACAGCACCACCUUUGGCAACGUGAUCCCCAACAGAAUUUUUGUUGGGGGACUUGACUACAGGGUUAGUGAGCGUGACCUGCGACACAUUUUUUCUCAACACGGCACAGUGAAAGAGGUGAAGAUUGUCUUAGAUCAUUCAGGAGUGUCGAGGGGAUAUGGGUUUGUUACAUUUGAAACCCAAGAAGAUGCUCUGAAAAUAAUCAACAAUACUAAUGGAGUCACUUUCAAAGACAAGAAACUCAGUGUUGGUCCGGCUUUUCGAAAGCAUCAACCUUCAAGUCAAACAAAGAGCACCUCUACAGCCAGCCUUGAACCUGCCAUGCCUCAGCAAACAUCCUAUGGGACCUUCUACCUGACAACAUCCACAGGCUCUCCCUACACUUACCAUAAUGGAGUUGCCUACUUCCACUGCUCCAACAUGAAUACUCCUUCCUACCAGUGGCUUCCGCCAUCUUCGCCGAUGGUCCCCCAUCCUUAUCAGCCUGUGUAUGAGCAACUAUCCAGUCACCACUACCAGUGCGUGCCAAACCAGUAUCAGUGGAAUACCCCCCAGUGGCAGAUGCCAUCCUAUGCAGUCUUGUACCCCCAGCAGUCACAAUAUGUUUACCUGCCUGCUGAUGGAGUUUCUGUUCAGCCACCUGUGUUGUUCAUGGAGGACUCCACAGUGGAGUUUCUUGAGCCAACAGUGCAGCAUGUUUACCCAGUGUAUCCUCAGAGAGCAGAAGAAAUUGCGCCUGCUGUUCUGCAGCAUGACCCUGGAAAGAAUCUGAAGUUUCCACCCUCGUGGGUCCAUCACAAGCCAAGACACCGCCGCCACAUCCACCACAAGGAAUACCACCAUCUGCCAGAAUCAACAGAGCCUCCAGACGCCUCCAUGUUUCACACUCCCCAAACGUCAAAUGUAGGCUAA